AUGUCCGUAUCGUAUUUAAAACGGGUGUGCUCGCUCGGUGAAAGACAUCAAAAUAAAAGUAACAACAGGCGCGUGUGGACUUCGAGUACGGGAUCAACUGGCAUUCGCGGUUCAGCGCACGGCAGAGGCACUGGCUCCGGCGUGCGGCACUGGCAAGGCUCCGUGCGUCAUGAGCGCGCCCACCACGUAGCUGAGGGGGAGGAGGACCCCUCCGCACCGGCAUCGGCAAGCGAAGGCGAAGAAAACGAGCGUCCAAUGUUCCAAAUGUCUUUGAGGGACUACAAGCCGGGGAAGGUCCGGCGGCGUUGGCCGGCACGAUGGCGGGUGCGGCGGGAGCACAGCGUGGCAUGGCAUCGCCUGAUAUUAAUAAUGCUAUACAACCACAAUGUUUUGAGCCCGAAU